AUGGAAAAAUUCUUUGCUCAUUUAGAGCAACAAAAGUCACAGCUCAAAAGAGCUCAGGCCUACAAAGGACAGAAGCCUCCCGCUUCAAUGAAGCGCUCCCGGAGUGUUCUUCAGCAAGAGUUUUUUAUGUUGGCAUUGGAAGAUGGCAUGCGUAGCUUGAUGCUGCCUGAUGAGCGACACAACUUUCGCAGUUGCUUCAUAGGCGCAGCGUACCCGCCCUGUACUUUGCCUCUCUCCAGCCUCGUACCGAUACACUUUCGCGAUCUUACGCUUGAAACGCAGCAUCGCGGCCGUGUUCUCAUCGUCAGAGCGUUUUGUAACCCACACUAUCUGGCCUCCAUCCAGAACGCGGUCGAGGAUGAGCUCGGAGAAGUAAAUCGCCUUGCCAUCUAUAACCUGCUUCCGACUACUGAGCCCGACGCAGUCCUUCCUCAAGGCGCUGUAGUGGCGAUCAAAGAGCCAUACUACAAAUGUUCUGCUGAUGGUGGCGUCAUUGUACGAGUCGAUCAUCCCACCGACUUUGUGCUGCUCAAGCCCGGCAAUAGCAUCAUUCCUCGCCGGUUCGACGCCCGCAUAAAGCAGAUAGGCCAGUCAGCAAUUCGCCUGAAGGAGGAAGCCAAUCUUAUGUUCAUGGGAGGCGAUUUCCAGGAGGCGGUUGAAACCUAUUCCGAUGCCCUGGACGCUUGUGGCUUGGAUGAAGAUGACGGUGAUCUUCGGCGAGAUCUGUGCCGGAAUCGUGCUGCGGCAAACUUGCGCCUUGGUCGCUACGAGCUGGCCAUCAAAGACGCAAUGGCUUCUAUGAACUCGGCUGAAGAUAUAUCGGAAGCUGCCAAAAGUCUGAAUAUCAAAGCCCUUUAUCGAGCAGGCAAAGCCGCCUAUGAGAUGCAAGACUUUGCCCAAGCAAAACAACUCUUUGGCCAAGCACUUGAACUCGAUGGGAGCCACAGAGAAUCUCGAAAUGAACUUUCUCGGACGCUGAAGCGUAUCUCGGAACAGGAGAAUGGAAAUUUUGAUUUCUCUCUGAUGGCUAGGUCUGUUACCAAGCAGCAUUAUUUACUCGACCACGCCUCAUUUCUCAGACGCGUCAAAGUUGCUCAAGCAGGGAGCCGUGGUCGCGGACUCUUUGCUACGGAGACGUUGAAGCCAGGUGACGUCGUUUUUGUAGAGAAAGCUUUCUACGUAGCACAUGAUGACGGCGAGGACAUUUCGGUUCUUUUCAACAUCAACACCAAUCGAAUUUCUAUCGGAACUGAUUCCCUACGUCUUCAAGGGACUGUUGAUAAGAUGAUUUGGAACCCAACACUUGCAAAUAAGUAUAUUGACCUUUUCGAUGGAGGCAAGUUUGGCAACGAAAAGGAACUCAAGGUGGUCGAUGGAAGAGUUGCCGUGGACACGUUCCGAGUGCAAUCUAUUGCAGAGCUCAAUGGCUUUGGCUGCCCCAGAGUCAAAUCCAGGGACAAGAAGCAGCCCAAGGCGAGGAAUUUAGGCUUCAACGACAGCACGGGCAUUUGGCUGCAGGCUUCGUACGCGAAUCAUUCGUGUCUCCCUAAUGCGACUCGCGCUUUCAUUGGCGACAUGAUGAUUGUCCGCGCCCUGCGAGAGAUUCCAGUCGGAGGAGAAAUCCUCAUGCAAUAUGUUCCCCAAGACAAGCCCUUUGACAAGCGGCAGGAGGUUGUAGAGAAUCAUUAUGGCUUCAAGUGCGAUUGCGACCUCUGCCGCGCAGAAGCAAAAGUUCCCAAGGCCACCAUCGUCAAGCGCGCUCGACUUCGCAAGGAAAUCAACUCGUUCCUGUCCGAGAAUGGUAUAAAGAAUUUGAACAAUUGGAGCUUUUCGGCUGCAAAGAGGGCCAGAGCCAAGAAGCUUUUAGAAGAAAUGCGAGAGACGUAUCCCAAGGCGUAUUAUGAGCGUCUUCCCCGAUUUGACUGCUGGGAUAUCAACAUUUGGAGCAUCCAAACUGCGUCCUUGAACCCUCAAAAACUACUCGCCAAUUCCCUGGAUAUUCUUCGCGAUAUGGGCUACUUUGUCAACAUUCGAGGUAAAAAAGCAACAAUCGAUCGGAAGUCUGCAAUUCAGCAUGACUGCGUGGUUCACGCAGCAAUGUACGCCGCCGAAUGCCUAAGAGAAGUUCAAAAUGAAGGCGCUGCUUCUGCACUCGUGGCUUUGGGCAGAGAGGUCUUCACUGCCAUUUCCGGUGCCGAACAAGGAUUCGAGCAGGAUUUUAAGAUUUGA